AUAUUUUUUUAAUGUUGUUAUUAUAAAUUAUUUAUACCACCACCAUUAUUAUCAUCAACAAGUUUAUCUGACGUUAUCAAUCAAAUUAUUAUUUUAGUCUCUUUCCUCGGUUUCUAAAUUUAUUGUUAUAAUUAUUAUUUAUUAUUGACCUUUUUUUUUUAUGUCCCAAAAAUUUAUGUUAAAAAGUUUUACAACAAAGAAAGUGAAAGUUGAUUUUUUUACAGAGCCUAGAAUGGAUUACAAAAUUUAUUCUUUUAUAAAUUAAAUAAUUAUAUACAAAGCACAAUGGAUGUCAUCUUUCUGCCACAAUCAAUAGGAGAUUCUGUUCAAAUUAAAACAAUUUCCUGUAAUAAUAAAAAGGAUGAAAAAUUAUCAUCAUUUAAUAAAAACAACUCAUCAAAACUCAGGGAUGCUGAUGACGAUGGAGAAUUUGAAAUCUCAACAAAUAUGGUACAUGUGCCAAAAACACCAUCAUCAACAACACCGACAAAUGAUGAUAAAAAAAUAACAACAAAAUGUAAAAUUAAAAUUGACGGUAUGACUUGUCAAAGUUGUGUUAAAAAUAUUGAAAAAACAAUAAUUCAAAAAAAUGGUAUUAAAAAUAUUAAAGUUGUAUUAGAAGAAAAAAUUGGAUAUAUUGAUUACAACAGCAAUGAUACAAGUGUCAAUAAUAUUAUCGAUGAAAUAAAUAACAUGGGUUUUGAUGCUUCCAUUGCUGAUGAUGAUGAUGAUGAUGAUAAUUUAGAAUAUAAAUGUAUAAUUAAUAUUGAUGGUAUGACGUGUCAAAGUUGUGUUAAAAGUAUUACUGAUGUUAUAUCUGAUAAGCCAGGUGUUAAAAAAAUAUCUGUAUCACUUGAUAAAAAACAGGCAUUUGUUAUUUAUCAAAAAGAUAAUAUUAAAGCCGAUGAAAUAGCAAAAUUUAUUGAAGAAAUGGGAUUUGAUGCAUUUGUUUAUGAAAUAAAUGGUAAAAAAAUAAUGACAAAUAAUAGCAUCAAUAAUAAUAAACAAUCAUCAAACAAAAAUAAUGGAUUAAUUGAAAUUACAAAUAAUAACAAUGAUGAUGAUGAUAAUGAUAAUAAAUAUUUAAAAUGUCAUUUAUAUAUAAAAGGUAUGACAUGUGCAUCAUGUGUUGCAUCAAUUGAAAGACAUUGUAAAAAAUUAUAUGGUGUUGAAAGUAUAUUAGUUGCAUUAAUGGCAGCAAAAGCUGAAGUUAAAUAUCAACCAGAUAAAAUACGUCCAAUUGAUAUUGUAUCAAGUAUAACAAAUCUUGGUUUUCCAACAACGUUAAUUGAUGAAAUUGGUACUGGUGAGGCAAAUGUUGAACUUGAAAUUUUAGGAAUGACAUGUGCAUCUUGUGUUGAUAAAAUUGAAAAAAGUGUUAUGCAAUUAAAUGGUAUUAAAACAGCAACAAUUUCAUUAUCAACACAAAUUGGUAAAUUUAAAUAUGACACAUCUGAAACUGGACCAAGAGAUAUCAUUGAAAAUAUAAAUGGCAUUGGUGGUUUUACAGCAAAAUUAUAUAAUUCAAAUAAUAUAUCAAAAGAUUAUAAAAAUUAUUUAAAUCAAAAAGAAGAAAUACAUAAAGCUAAAAAAAGAUUUUAUUUAUCUUUAAUAUUUGGUAUACCAAGUAUGGCUAUUAUGUUAUAUUUCAUGGUAAUAAUGUCAUUUAUAAGUGAUAAUCAUGAUGACAUGUGUUGCAUUAUACCUGGUUUAUCAUUAGAAAAUUUAUUAUUAUUUUUAUUGGCAACACCAGUACAAUUUUUCAUUGGUUGGUAUUUUCAUGUACAUGCAUAUAAAGCCAUACGACAUGGUACAACAAAUAUGGAUGUGUUGAUAUCAAUGACAACAAUAAUAGCAUAUGUUUAUUCAUUUAUUAUACUAAGUGUUGCUAUUAUUAUGAAAGAAACAUCAAGUCCACAAACAUUUUUUGAUACACCACCAAUGCUAUUGACAUUUGUUAGUUUAGGUAGAUGGCUUGAACACAGAUCAAAAGGUAAAACAUCAGAGGCAUUAUCAAAAUUAUUAUCAUUAAAUGCAACUGAUGCUGUACUUGUUAAACUUGGUAAAAAUAAUGAAAUAUUAAAUGAACGAUCAAUAAGUAUUGAACUUGUACAACGUGGUGAUAUAUUAAAAGUUGUACAAGGUUCUAAAAUACCAGUUGAUGGACGUGUUGUUAUUGGACAAUCAUCAUGUGAUGAAAGUUUAAUAACUGGUGAAAGUAUGCCUGUAUCUAAAAAAAUUGGUUCAUCUGUUAUUGGUGGUUCAAUUAAUAAAAAUGGACCAUUAUUUAUUGAAGCAAUACAUACUGGUGAUAAUACAACACUUUCACAAAUUGUUAAACUUGUUGAACAAGCACAAACAAGUAAAGCACCAAUUCAACAAUUUGCUGAUAAAAUUGCUGGUUAUUUUGUACCAUUUGUAUUAUUUUUUUCAUUAGCAACACUUAUUACAUGGUUAAUUAUUGGUAAUAUUGAUAUUGAAUAUUUUAUAUUAAAUACUCAAAAUUCAAUGAAUCAUCAUGAUAAUCAUGAUAAUUAUUCUGGAAGAAGUCGUCAAGAAAUAAUAUUACAACGUGCAUUUAGAUGUGCAUUAUCUGUACUUGCAAUAGCAUGUCCAUGUGCACUUGGUUUAGCAACACCAACAGCUGUUAUGGUUGGUACUGGUGUUGGUGCAUUAAAUGGUAUAUAUAUUAAAGGUGCUGAACCAUUAGAAAAUGCACAUAAAAUUAAUUGUAUUGUAUUUGAUAAAACAGGUACAUUAACACAUGGUAAUCCAAUUGUCACAAAAAUAUGUUUAUUUUUUAAUAAAAAUAAUACAAAUAAUAAAAAUAAAUUAUCAAUAUCAAAAUUACUUGGUAUUAUUGGUACAUCUGAAAUAAAUAGUGAACAUCCAAUUGCAUCGGCAAUUGUUAAAUUUGUUAAAGAAACAAUUGGCAGUGAAAUAACUGGACAAUGUAAAAAUUUUCAAGCUGUUGCUGGAUGUGGUCUUAAAUGUCGUAUUGAUAAUAUCAAUAGUAUGUUAUUAAAUAUUAAAAAAUCUGAUAUUAUAAUUAAUUAUGAAAAUCAAAUUGGUGAUACAUCUGCUAAUAAUAAUAAUAAAUCAAGAACAUUUAAUCUUAAUAAUGUACCAAUUGAUAUUAUACCAUUAAAUAACAAAAAACAAAUUACAAAUAAUGAUAAUGAUGAUGAUGAUGAAAAUUAUGAAUAUCAUCAUCAUUUAUUAAUUGAUAAAGAUCAACAACAAUAUAAUAAUAAUAAUAAUAAUAAUGAUAAAGAUGAUGAUCCAACAACAUCAAAUGACAAUGAUUCAUAUGAAGUUUGUAUUGGUAAUCGUGAAUGGAUGAAAAGAAAUGCAAUAUUAAUUGAACCACAAGUUGAUAUGAUAAUGAUUGAACAAGAAGAAAAAGGUAAUACAUCAAUAAUUGUUGCAAUAAAUGGUGUACUUGUUGCAACAAUAAAUGUUGCUGAUACUGUUAAACCAGAAGCACACUUGGCUAUUUGGACACUAAAAAAUAUGGGUCUUGAUGUUAUUUUAUUAACUGGUGAUAAUAGAAAAACAGCAGCAUCAGUUGCUAAACAAGUUGGUAUUGAUAAAAUAUUUGCUGAAGUAUUACCAUCUCAUAAAGUUGCUAAAAUACGUCAUUUACAAGAAGAUAAAAAAUGUGUUGCAAUGGUUGGUGAUGGCAUCAAUGAUAGUCCAGCAUUGGCACAAGCUGAUGUUGGUAUUGCAAUUGGUACUGGUACUGAUAUUGCUGCUGAAGCUGCUGAUAUUGUUAUUAUGAAACAUGAUUUGUUGGAUGUUGUUGGUUGUCUUGAAUUAUCAAGAAAAACUGUAUUUCGUAUUAAAAUUAAUUUUCUAGCUGCUAGUAUUUAUAAUAUUAUUGGUAUACCAAUGGCAGCUGGUUUAUUUGGACCAUUAGGAUUUACAUUAUCACCUUGGAUGGCAUCUGCUGCAAUGUCAGCAAGUUCAGUUUCUGUUCUUGCUAAUUCACUUUGUCUUAAAUUAUUUAAAAAACCAACAAGAGCAUCACUUGAAACACCAGAAUAUCUAGCAGCAUAUAAAUUAAGUUUACAAAAUAAUUAUGAUGAUACAAUGACAAUAACAGAUCUUGAUAAUACUAGUCGUGUUGGUCGUGGUGGUGGUGAUGAUGAUUCCACUAAUCUUCCAGUUAGAAAUGGAUCUACACUUUCACGAUUGUUUGGUAAAACAAAAGAAGAAGCCGAAGAUUUAUUACUCAAUGACGAUAGAGUUGGUUUUACUGUUGUUGAUUUUUCAAAAGGAAAAAAUGACGGUACAAAUAAUCGACAUAGUGCACUUUCAUAAAUUAAAUUUAU